AUGAAGACAACAACGACUGCGAUGCAACAACAGCAGCCGAUCAUGAGGCAAGUGCCGCCCGACGGCGGCUGGGGCUGGCUCGUCCUUUGCGCCGCGGUGACGAUCAACGUCCUGGUUUCCGGGACCGUUAAAUCCUUCGGGGUCCUAUUUUUGGAGUUUCUCAGGGUUUACCACACUACCCCGACCGAGGCGUCCUGGGUAACGGCCCUCUGCUACUUUCUUUACUAUUUUCUCGGUCCACUGUCGAGUUACCUGUCGAUCAAGUACUCGUACAGGACAGUCACGAUGAUCGGGGGAUUUUUCGCCUCCAGCGGCCUCAUGCUCAGUUUCUUCGCCAAUUCCGUGACUUAUCUGUACUUCAGUUACGGAAUAAUGAUGGGAAUCGGAGCGGGCUUGUGUUACCCCGUGACGAUAUACAUCGUGAGCGAGUACUUUGAGCGUAGACGCGGCCUCGCGACCGGACUCUGCAUAUCGGGCAGCACAAUAGGCACGGUCGUGCUGUCGCCUCUCCUCCAGUUCCUCAUCACCAAGUUGGGUCACAGAUACACCGUCCUGAUCUUGGGUGGCCUCGUGGCAACGACGAUGAUAUGCGCCUUAUUCUACCACCCGGUCGAGCGGCACAUGAAGCUCGUACCUGCAAACGACCCCGAGAACCAGCAGCAGCGACAACAACAACAACAACAACAACAACAACAACCGCAAUCGCCCAGCAAAACGGCGAGCGAAAAGGACACGGACGGACUGUCCUCGCGUCGGAGCAGCGUCAUCUCCAACGUCGAGUCCAUCACCGCCGACCCACGCCACGACCUCAGGGUCAGCCUCAUGAGGAAGAAGCUCUUCAAAAAGCAGAUUAGCCAGAUAUCGAGCGUGAGCGACGAGGUGGGCGCGGAUGGUGGUGGUGAGAGCCCCGGGGAGCCCCCGAUAUUCCAGUGGUCGAUCCUGCGCAACCCGCUCUACCUGAUAAUCCUCGUCUCGAACUCGGCCUCGGUCAUCAGCAACACCAACUUCAUGAUCCUCCUGCCGGCGUACGGCGUCUCGGAGGGCUUCAGCGGCGACCGCUCGGCCCUCCUCCUCUCGGUGGUCUCGCUCUUCGACCUCAUCGGCCGAAUCGGCGGCGCCAGCCUCUCGGACCUGAACCUCGUGCCGAAGCACUACUACUUCGUCAGCGGCCUCGGCUUGAGCGGCAUCGCCCUGGCCCUCGUCGCCGGCUCCGUCGGUGAUUACUACAAGCUGGCCGGGCUCUGCGGCCUCUUCGGCCUCGCCUCGGGCCUGUACAUCGGCACGACGGCCGUGGUCCUCGCCGACAUGCUCGGCCCCGAGAACCUAACCUCCUCGUACGGUAUCACCCUGUGCGUCGGCGGGGCUCUGCAGCUCGUCGGCCCGCCCGUUUGUACUCUGGCGUACGAGCGGAUCGGGUCGUUUCGCCCGAUUUUCCUCGCCCUCGGGCUCCUCCUCGUGCUCGGGGCUGCCUUCUGGACCCUCUUGCCGCUCGUCAGGAGGAACAAUGCUGCCGGGGCGUCGAAGAAGAGUCCCGUGGCCACGGCUUGACCGCACGCACCACGGGACGAUACCGUUGCACGGAUGGUUUUUUAUUUAUAUCUGCAGGGAAUUCGAAAAUCUCUGAUGUUUUCUUGUAAAUAUCACGUAUAUACUUACAAAUAGGCCAAUCUGGGGAUUUAUAGCGAGAUAUACAUGGCUUGUACAAACAACGUUGUUUUGGUUGUAUGUAUAUAUACAUAUUUAUGUAUAUGAAAUUGUGACUA